AUGUUUUUGAGAUUCGUUCGAUUUGACAAUGAAAGCACACGUAAUGAACGUGCAAAAACCGACAAAGCUGCGCCAAUUCGCGAUAUGUGGACGAUGCUCAAUGAAAAUUUGAAAAAACAUUAUAAACCCAAUGAAUCCAUAACUGUAGAUGAACAAUUGUUCCCUUAUAAAGGACAUACAAAAUUUACGCAAUUCAUGCCGUCCAAACCAGCAAAGUAUAGUAUAAAAAUCUUCUGGGAAUGCGAUUCUUCAAACGCUUAUCCUCUACAAGGACAAAUUUACACAGGAAAACCAUUAGACGGGCAACGUCAAGUCAAUGUUGGUGAGAAGACGGUCUUAGAUUUGGUGCAAUUUUACAAAGGUUCAGGAAGAAAUAUUACUACAGACAAUUUUUUUACCAGCCUGCAACUGGCUCGAUUUUUAAAUUCAUGGCAUAUGACUUUAGUAGGUUCCGUUAGAAAAAAUAAACCAUGGCUACCCUCUAACAUGCAGGCAUCAAAAGAUAGAGCAAUCUUAUCUAAGAAUUUUGCAUUUCGUGAAAACGAAACUCUUUGCUCAUACGUGCCCAAAAGAAACAAAUCAGUUGUCUUGUUGUCAUCAAUGCAUGGCACAGCUGAAGUAGAAAAAAAUUUGACAGCUAAGCCGAGUAUUAUCAAAUAUUACAAUAAAACCAAAAGUGGCGUUGACACAAUGGAUAAAAUGGUGACGGAAUAUACAACAAAACGUAGAACAAAUCGUUGGCCACAACGUCGUUGGAACAUAAUGAAAACGUUAGACGCACUGAUAGCCGACGACUUUUUUUAA